AUGGAAGAUAAGCACAGUAACAGAGUUUUUGUGAAAUCGAAGGAUACAAGAAAAUCACUGAAGAGAUUCAUAAAGGACAUUUCCUGUAAUACCCCUAUUUGUGCUAUUCUCCCUCUUGAUGAAGAAUUACGACGUGUUUGUGACAAAAUUAAAAGAAGUGUGCCUGUUAAAGAAUUUCCGAGUGAUAUAGAAUUGUUGCAAAGAAAGUGUCCUGCUUUAUUUGGCAUUUUCUCAUCUUUAAGUGAUUCAUUUGCACCUGCAGAAUUCAUACCUUUGUUGACCGACCUGCUCAAUAUUGCUGACAAUGCUUUCAAAGAUUGUGAAGCACCACAGGAUGAUUCUGUUGUAAAUCCUUCCUCGCUGUUAGCAAACUUCCCUUCCCUAAAACCUGUUCGUGGCAGAGGGACAUACGCUGCAGACAAAGGAAAGCAAACGUUUGAGAAUCCAUGCACGAAAAAGUCUGGAAGACAUCCCACUCUUCUUCCUGGUAUAUUCCUUAUUUUUUGUCAGCAUGGUAUAAACUAUGGAUACUCCGUAAUGACUACUAACGAAUCCCCAGAUAUGCCAUUUACAAUCUUGCGAUCUCGAUUUACACGAGCUCCUAGAGUCGUUGUAUACGAUAAUGCUUGUAAUUUGCAUUCCUACUGUCUGAAUGGUGAUCCAACCUUUUUUAAAGACACGCAAUUUUUAGUAGAUCGCCUUCACUGGGCAGAUCACACAGGUUGUUCCAGCGCCUACCAUAUCUCUUGCUAUCCUGACUAUGACUAUCUCAACAGUCAGAUUGCCGAACAAAGCAACUCUGGACUGAAAAAAAUUAAAGGACCCCUUUCUUAUAUGAAUGACGAAAAUUUCUCCAGACACUGUAGCUUCUACUUAUGGUUCAAAAAUAGAGAAAUUAUGAUGAGAAAUAUUAACAGAUGA